UUAGAUAUUAAAUAUGGACAAAAAGCCAGCAGUUUUUCAAAAAAUGAAAGCUCAACUUGAAGCUUUUGAAGGCAAGAAAAUCGACGUAGACCCUCCUUGCACUGAAGACACUAAAACUGAUGAAAAAAUUAUUCCAGAGGACUCAAAGAACUCAGAUGCUCCAAAACAAGAGCCAUCAGUUACAGAUGCUGAAAAUGAAUCAAGCAAGGAGGAAGAGAAGUGCUCUGUUCCUCCAGAGUCCACAAAGGAGGAGGUCAAAACAGCUGCUAAAGAGACCCCUCCAAUGCCUCUGUCAGACUCAUGGACCUUCUGGUACGUUUACGAUAUGUCCCAUGAGGAGAGGAAAAAGAAGAAGGGAAAAGAGAGAUGGCAGAAGGAAUACAAGCUUAAUGAGAUAUACACUUUUGGCACAAUCCAAGAGUUCUGGAGACUCUUUAACAAUAUUGUCAACGUCAAAGACCUUGUGCCCAACACUGAUUACUUACUGUUCAAGCAUGGCGUAAAGCCAGAGUGGGAAGACCCUAAGAAUAAUGAUGGAGGCAAAUGGGUCAGUACCCUACCUAAAGAUAAAAAAUUGAUUGAUGAGUGAGAGACCGCCUGGAACCAGCUUGUUUACCUCAUUGUAGGAGCAGAUAUUGAUAAGGAACUCUAUGAUAUUAUCAACGGCAUCGUCUUCUCAGUUAGAGAUAAGCAUCACAGGAUCUGACUCUGGCUAAGUGAUAAUUCAGAACCUUCUUUGUUGAAAAAGAUUGGAGAUAAGAUGAGAGAAGUAUCCAAGAUCCCUAAGGAGAUCUCCAUUGAAUACCAGGUCCAUAAAAAGGCUAUCCAGCAUAACUUGGAUAAUGAAGCAUUUUUGAAAGCAUAAUCUAGACUUUUGAAGCGAUAUAUUUACAACUAGAUA